GAUAUUUGCCGACUCAGCAAAAGUGGCGCUCGGCGGACGGGGGGAGAGAGAGCGAAGGAUCAGAGACGGCUAGAGAAAUGUCUAAACGCUCUAAAAAGGGGUUCAGGAAGCUGGAGAACCAUGAGCUGUCCGAGUUUACGACACUCGGCGGCGAGGAGAGCGGCAGCGACUCGGAGAUGAUAGAGAUAGAACGAGAAGACAAUAUUUCACGCAAGGACGGAGGAUUGUGUUGCUGUUGCCUGGCCCUCUAUGUCAUCCUACUGACCUGCGUGGUGGUCCUACUGACAAUGACUGGCGUCUACUUUGGCUACAACAUGAUGAGCAUCUCCAGCAACUUUCGCACGAGGAUCGCCAGCCUCGAGGACAGAGUCGACCACCUGGAGAAGAGUCUUUCCUCGGCAGGGGACACAUCUGAGACCCUCAUGAGCCAGAUGACUCAGAGAAUAACUAACGUCAAUAACUCUCUGGUGGGGCUAACUGGAGCUCUGCACACCCACUCUGGCACAGUCCACGACCAGCUGAAGACGGUGGAGGGGAAUGUGGAAGAUCUGCAAGAGAAGAUGAAUGCCUUUGAAAGCCAUCCUCCAACCAUAGGGGAGGACGAAGUGCAGAAAAUGAGGGAAAGCAUGGCUGAAUUCCGUGGCCACCUCGAGAACUAUGACUCACAGCUGAAUGACGUGACAAAGAAGGCGGGAGACGCCAUCCUCGAUGUGACCAAGAUUGGAGAGAGAGUGACGCUGUUUGAUAGGAACCUCACCAGUCUGAGGGGAGGCCUGGACAGCUUGCAGAGAGAGCAAACAGAGGCUGACACCUACUUGGAUCUUCUGGCUCAGCAAGUCUCAGCUCUUAAGAUUGCAGUGAUGGGAAUCAACCAAACUCUGCUUCAGGAACUCAAUACAACCAGAGACUCUAUCAACGAGACUAAAGAGGAUCUAGGAGGCAUUGAGGAGGAGAUCUCUGCCCUCAGGAAUGACCUGAAGGCCACUAGUGGCAAAGUCCAUUACCUCGACACGUCUCUGGACGAUCUGACGGCCAGUGUUGAGCAGCUCCACGACUCUGUACAGGAGCUAAAAACUGAGCCAGCUACACAGCCUACACAAGCUGAAUCUCAGCCACUACCAGUGACACAGCCUACCACCUCACCUACCAGCACCACUCCACCUACCACUGAACCUUCCACCACGACUCCAGCUAGUCCCAGCACAGCCCAAUCCCCUGAGACUACAGAUACUAGUGAGCCAACAGCCGAGGCUGAAACUGUCACUACUACUAGUCAGCCCAACACCCCAGUAACAGAAGAAAUGAACGCUACUCCCUUGCCGGAAUCAACCAGCAGCGACAAUUCAACUACCAAGUUGGCCAGUAGCUCACCCAGUAAGAGCUUUGAUGAAGGUAGCAGUAAUCAGGACUCCAACGAAGAGGGGCCCACCCCACCACCACUCUCGUCCGAGACGCAGACAGCGGUGUCAGACUCCACUGUGGCCACUGAGGACAUUCCCAGCUCUCGGGGUGAAAAUGCAUCAUCUCCUUCUGAUCAUAAGUCCUCUAGCGAGGGUCUACCAGAGGAACAGCCACCGACUGUUGACAAAGACCUUGAACAGACGAUCAUGAAUCUCAACGGUUUGCUGGGGCAGUUUCAUGCACUGGAUGAUGAUGGCGACAAGGCACUGGAGUAUUACGAAUUCUCUGGGUAUUCUGGCGAUACUCCGACAGCUCAACGCAUAUUCCACGCAAUGGAUUCAGACGGGGAUGGCUUGGUGACAUACAGCGAGAUCAUGGACACCAUACACACACUCGAGCAGCAAAGUACAGAAGGAACUGAGGACGUUCCUGUAGGAAAUCAUCCAGAGGAACACGUCACGACUCCGUACACCGACCAAGAUGUAAUACCUCCAGGGACUCAGACCCAGCCAGCUGAACCAACUCCUCUUGGUGUCUCGGAGAACAGGCCACCAGGUGGCGACGGAGGACCACGGACGACCGACACUGACCACGACACUACCGGAACGGUCGGACCGAUAUCGGGCGCUGCUGGUGGUGCCGCAACAACUACAACUAGUCCAGACAUGGCCCAUAAUGGGGCGUCGUCAUCACCUAAAAGUGAUGAUGGUACAGUGAGUGAAGCUGACGAGAGUAUCAGUGACUCUGGCUCUGAAGAGGCAGGCGAAACUGUGGCUGGUGAAGAUGAAGAGGAAAGUGUCGAGGAAAUGAAGAAAAAGGAGGGAGCCCUAGUAACCCUAACAGCUAUUCAGAAGACGUUUGAUGAACUUGAUAUGAAUAGAGACGGUCAUCUGAGCAACUAUGAGUUUUCUGCCUUCUUCCCCCAAGAUAGCCCGACUGUGGCCAACAUAUUCAGCUUUCUCGACGUGAAUGGCGACUUCUUUGUGUCCUCCGAUGAACUAUCAAGGGCAAUUGCUGCUCUAGAACAGGGGCUGCCUCCCAUGGAAGAUGGUGAAGAUGAGACGAUGACAGAAGUGUCCCCAGAAAAAGAACUGGCAGACUAUUUCCAUGGCGGUAAUAACUUUUAAACUUUUGUCACAGCUCACGGCUCCGUAACUGUACUAAACCUAAUAUAAUAGUUUCCCAUUCAACCUUCAUUCCAAACUGGUCAUUGUUUUUCACUGAUAAUUGAUGAGAAAUUCAGAGAAAAACCUGUUGUAGAGCGUGUAUGGUGCACAUUAAUCAUCAGCACUCGGU